AUGCUCUUCAAGACCCUGCUUAUCGCCUCGGUGACUUCUGCCCUUGCUGCCUCCAUGGGCUGCCGGGUGCCCACGUUGCCUCGUAGCGGGGAUUCGAAAGAACUCAGCAACCCUCCCAAUGGACUGAAGCUCCUCCAUAUUGCCCUCGGCUUCGGCAUCCAAAACUACACCUGCAGCGCGCUGGACACUAAGCCGAGUGCCAGUGGCGCUCUCGCUGUCCUCUACGAUGCCCUUCCCUUGUAUCCCAAACAAAGCAGGCACUCCCUCUCCGAGGCGCAAUUCACCGCGCUACCCGGCGACGUGCUUGCGCAGCACGCCGUCCCACUCAAACUGGACAAUACCGAGAACCGUGCCGACCCCGCGCAUCCUGGCGCUUCCCUGACAAACCCGUUCCCCGCGCCCGCAAGUCUCCAGGUGGACGGUGUCGACAAGCCCCUCGAGUACAUUGGCCACCAUUUUUUCAAUGACAAGGGUGUGCCAUCGUUCCUCCUCGAUAACGGUAAAAUCUUUCUGACGUCAAAGAGGGACGAGGCUAUUGACGCGCCCAUGUCAGCGUCGGCUGGGCCCGAUGCUACGGGCGCCGUCGGCUGGCUCAAGCUCAGUGCGACGGGGGCGGCCGUCGGGCCGGCCAAGUUCGUUUAUCGUGUCCUGACGGCUGGUGGUAACUCGCACGGGUGCACCAACGGCGCGGGCGACGACAGCACCAGCUACGCGGCAACAUACUGGUUCUACGGUUGA